AUGCCAUAUGAGGCCAAGUUAAAAGGCAUGUUUACGUAUUAUGCCAAUAUAGUAUCCUGCAAAAAUGGUGCAACUUCAAAAAUUGACAACAAUCUUCCAAUUUGUGUCUUGACAACAACGGUUACUUCUUCUAUUGGAGGAAUUGCUAUACUAAUUGUCUUACUCCUCUACUUGAGAACAAAAUACUCCCUGAUUUUCUGGAAGACAAAAGGAGAGGAUUACAGAAUUGUAAAGGCCUUCUUGAAGAACCAUGGAUCACUCGUGUCAAGGAAGUACAGUUAUUCUGAAGUUAAAAAGAUGACAGAGUAUAUCAAAAAUAAACUUGGUCAAGGUGGCUAUGGUUCUGUGUACAGGGGAAAGCUACAUAACGGGAGCCUUGUGGCAGUCAAGGUCUUGAAGGAAUCGAAGGGAGGGGGAGAGGAGUUUAUCAAUGAGGUGGCGAGCAAGCCCACAGACGUUGUUGAUGACAGCAAGAAGAAUGACAUAGACAGCAACACAGUUGCAGAUCUACACUUGGUACUAGCUGAUCAAGUUUGUGGUGCUUCCUCCCCCAACAAUAUUGUAUCAUUUGUGGGAUUUUGUUUUGAGGGUCAAGACAGAGCUCUCAUAUAUGAUUUCAUGCCCAAUGGAUCCCUUGAGAAGUUCAUUUUCGAUGCAAAAUCUGGGACAAAUCGUCAACUAGGAUGGCAAACAUUGUACAACAUUUCGCUUGGCAUUGCUAGAAGAUUGGAGUAUCUGCAUCGCGGUUGCAAUACUAGAAUCCUGCAUUUCGAUAUAAAGCCUCACAACAUUCUUCUUGAUGAAGACUUUUGUCCAAAAAUAUCCGAUUUUGGCCUUGCAAAACUAUGUAACAAUAAGGAAAGCAUCGUAUCUUUAUUGGGCGCAAGAGGGACUAUUGGCUACAUUGCACCUGAAAUUGUGUGUAAAAACAUUGGAGGAGUUUCUCACAAGUCAGAUGUGUACAGCUAUGGUAUGAUGGUCCUCGAGAUGGUUGGAGGAAGGAAUAAUGUUGACGUUGUUGUUGAUCGUACCAGUGAAAUAUACUUUCCACACUGGAUUUACAAACAAAUUGAACAAAAGAAAGAGCUUGGAUUAACUGGCAUUGUAGAGGAAGAGGAUAAAAAACAUGCAGAGAAGAUGAUACUGGUGAGCCUGUGGUGCAUACAAACCGAUCCAUCCAGCAGGCCUUCUAUCAGUAUGGUUGUAGAGAUGUUACACGGUGAACUCGGAUCUUUGCAAAUGCCUCCCAAGCCUUUCUUAUAUUCUUCUUCAGUAUCAGACAGAGACAUGCCUAGUACUACUACCUCUAUGAUUUUGGACUCGAAAGAUCAAAUUUGA